AUGACAAGCUCAGAGCAGCCAAAAAAUGAAAAUUGGAGCAAUUAUAGUGACCUUAAGCCAAAUAAAGUAUUCGAAUACCCAGAUCAAGCAUCAAAAAUUAUUUGGAGCGUCAAUUCCAAUAAUAUUAUACAAAUUUCUUCACAAAUUAUCGAAUUAAUAACAACUCACAAAAUAUCUAUCCAAAUAGCACUUUAUUUGAUUAAUGUUUUUUCACAAAUUCGUGUUAAAGAAAUUAAAUUAUUUGCAGAACUUUAUCAAAGGAUAUCAAAUGUAUUUUCAUACAUCCAUAAACCGAAAAAUAUGAGAUUAGCGACGCUUCUACAUUAUCAAGGUUUCGAAUUCGAAUACUUCCAACCUAAAAUGAUAGAAGAUGAAAUUCUGAAUUUAUAUUCAACAGAAUCUCCUUUAUACUAUAUUGCAUGGGAUAAAGUUGAUGAUCUUAAGAGUAAAUUCCCAAAUCUUGAUAUUGAUGAGGAAAUUAAUAAAAUCACACCACUUGACUGGGCAAUUAAAUAUGGAUCAGAAUUGUGUUUCAUUUACUUGAAAAAUUUAGGAUCUCAAUACACCGAGGACUCAGCAAAAUAUGCUGUUCAAGGCGGAAAUAAAGAGAUUUUUAUGCAAAUUAUAGAAGAAGGUGAAUCAUUUAAUAAAGAGAUUAAUACAGCAUUGGAUUAUCGAAACAAUGAAAUUGCUGAAUAUCUUAAAUCACAUUUAGGACAAACUCCUGAUUCAAUAGCAGAAAGUAUGCAUUUCGGAAAUUAUGAAAUUGCAUCUUAUUUACUUUCUAAUGGAGAAGAUAUCAACAAAAUUUAUAAUCUCUUUCAUUUAAUAUUUAUCAUUGUUUGA